UGAGUAAUCAAUCGGUAAAGACGCGCGUAAUAUAUGCGAUUGAUACAAGUGCAUUAAAUUUCCGUGAAAACGAGGGAUAUUAUUAUGUUUAAUUACUAAUUAUAGGAUUCAUGCGAACUUUUUAAUAUUUCUGGAAUGUUAAGCUUUUUGAUAACUUACGUAUAUUCCUUGAUAAAAGGGUUCGAAUAGUGUGUUAAGUGAUAACGUAUUGCGUUACGUAUGUACAUACAUAAUGCCGAGGAAUGCUCAUGUUACCAAGAUUCUAUAGUUUUUCGGAAGAAGAUGGCGGAGAUACAGCUGAUUCCUUAGAUAUAAAACCACCACAGGCUGUAAUUCGACAUAGAAAAUCAGGAUCUUCUCAUAGAAGAGAGAAACACAAUGAAAGAAGAGAUCGUCGUGAAGAAAAAGAACGUAAGUCACGUCAUCAUGAUCGUGGAGAAGAUAGACAUAGAGACAAACAUAGACAUCGUAGACAUGGUAUGGAUCCAUUGGAUAGAUCAGAAAGAUCAGAAGGUUCUAAAAGAGAAAGAGAAAGAAUGGAACGAUUAGAGAGAAUGGAAAGCCAUUCUAGAGAUAGAGAAUCAAGGCAUGAGCGAAAGGAACGUUCAACGGGUGAUAGAGUAUUGGAAGAUUUAAGGGAAAGAUUGUUGGAUAAGAGAAGAGAAAGAAGAGAGGAUCCUCGAGAAUUACGUGAAUAUAAAGUUGAAUCCCGACGAGAAAUACGUUUAGAGGAUCCCCGUGAAAUUCGUGAUUCGCGAGAUCGCAGAGAAGUACGGAUAGAAGACAUACGUGAACGUCGUGAAAUGCGAACUAUCGAUGAUGGCAGUAGUCGUCGUGAUAUUCGAAUGGAAGAACGCAGGCAAAUUCGAGUUUUAGAAGAGCAAUAUUCUGAAGCAGAUUUGAUGGAAAGAACAGAGAGAAGUGAGAAGCGACACAAGAGAUCUCAUAAACAUGAUAGAUUCCGUGACAGAGAAAGAGAAAAAGUUGAACGAGAAAAAGAACAUAGAGAGAAACAAUUACGAGAAGCAAUGGAAAUUGUAAGUACAGAGAUGGAAGUCGAUGAAAUGGAAGUCAAUGAAAUUCAAAUACAUCCAAAAGAACCAAAAGAAAUGACGGAGCAAGAACUUAGAAAAGAAAGAUUAUUGGAAGCGGAUAGAGAAAUGGCUAGAAGAAAAGAAGUUUCGCGUUUAGAACUAGAAGCUAGACGAUUGAAACGAGGUGAAAAGCGACCACUGAGUCCUGAAACUAAUCAAGACCCAUCUAUUGUUGAGUUAUCGGAUGAAAGUCCUAGUCCAGUACAAUCCGAUGAAGGACGUUCGAAAUCGGUCGAAUCCAGACAUUCCUCGGACGGACAAAGAAGUAUACAUCAGAGAUCAUCAGACAAAUAUUCUUCCGAUUCUUCGGAUUCUAGUAGCGAUGAGGACGACGAAUCAAACGAGUCAAACAAGGGUUCUAACGGUGAUUCUAACGAUGGAUCUGAUUAUAACAAUCCGAGUCCAUUAUCCGUAGAGCGGUUAGCAAAGUCUGAUCAUUCGGAUGGAGAUUCACCUGGUCAUGUGGAUCCAAAUGGUACUGUCAAGAAUGCAGAGGAAGAAGAAGAAGAAGAGGAAAAGAAAAAUGAGGAGCCUGAAUUACCUCCAUAUUUACCAGCCAUUCAAGGUUGCAGAAGCGUUGAGGAAUUUCAGUGCUUAAAUCGUAUUGAAGAAGGUACAUAUGGUGUUGUAUACAGAGCACGCGAUAAACGAACGGAUGAAAUCGUUGCAUUAAAAAGAUUAAAAAUGGAGAAAGAAAAAGAAGGAUUUCCUAUUACCAGUUUAAGAGAAAUUAAUACUCUAUUGAAGGCACAGCAUCCUAAUAUCGUAACUGUUCGAGAAAUAGUUGUUGGUAGUAACAUGGACAAGAUAUUUAUAGUUAUGGAUUAUGUAGAACACGAUUUGAAGUCAUUGAUAGAAACGAUAAAACAGAAGAAGCAAGUUUUUAUACCUGGUGAAGUAAAGUGUCUUAUGCAACAAUUAUUACGUGCGGUAGCUCACUUACACGAUAAUUGGAUUCUUCAUCGCGACUUAAAAACAUCAAAUUUAUUAUUAAGUCAUCGAGGUAUUCUAAAAGUAGGUGAUUUCGGUUUAGCUCGUGAAUAUGGUUCUCCACUGCGACAAUACACGCCAGUUGUAGUUACACUUUGGUACAGAGCACCAGAAUUAUUGUUAGGUGGCAACGAAUAUAGCACACCCAUUGAUAUGUGGUCCGUAGGAUGUAUUUUUGCGGAAUUACUUAGGAUGGAAGCUCUCUUUCCAGGAAAAUCAGAGAUUGAUCAAUUGAACAGGAUAUUUAAGGAAUUGGGUACACCAAGUGAUCGUAUUUGGCCAGGAUAUAGUAAAUUACCAAUGGUUCAAAAAAUUCCAUUUGCUCACUAUCCUGUAAAUAAUUUAAGACAGAGAUUUAGUUUAUCACUCUCGGAUUUAGGCAUUGAAUUAUUGAACAAAUUUUUAACGUACGAUCCACAACAACGUAUAACAGCCGAUGAUGCAUUGAAACACUCCUAUUUCACGGAAGCACCCUUACCAAUUGCGCCAGAAAUGUUUCCCACCUGGCCUGCCAAAUCAGAAUUAGGGCAAAGAACAGCAAAUGCAUCACCUAAACCACCUAGUGGUGGAAAAGAAUACAAACAGUUGGGAGAUGGUGACGAUGCUGAUCUAAGUAAUUCAGGCUUUCACAUGGGAUUGAUGGAUGGUGGUAGACAACCACCUGUUGGAGGUGGUUUUCAUUUAAAGUUCUAACAAUUGUAACAAAUUUUUUGUUGGUACAAAAGUAAAUAUAAUUUUUGGGUAUAUAUAUGUACAUAUAUAUACAAAUAAAUUCGUCAAGACAUCAGAGGGUAAUUUAUAAAAAAGAAGGCACUGCAUUUUUGUGAGUUUUUCAAACAUUUAAUUAACAUAAUGAAAUAAUCGAUAAAGUUAUUUAAAUUGAUUUAUAGCGUUAACUAUUUACUGUGCAGAGUUUUUUACAUAAUGGCGCAAUAGACAAUGCUGUGUCUAUCUAUGAUCGACGAUUCAAAAUGAUUAUUUUUAUAUAAUUGUUUUAUACAACACAGCCGUUUAUACGCAUUUAAGACUUCUGUUUAUUGCAAGGUAACUUUUAUUUGUAAUAUAUAAUUAUGUGAAAAACAUUAUACUGUAUAUAGUUUUUAAUGAAUUCUUUAUUCUAUAUAGUCUUAGGAGAUAUAAGUAAAAUAUAUAAAUUUUACACGCGAA